AUGGCAUCGUCAUCGCAAGACUUCGUCAAGCCCUGGAGGCUCCCUGCUCAGAAAACAUACAUCUUCACCAACGCCAACGUCAUCGACCCCGUCGGAGGCACACUUCUACCGGAUGCAACAGUCAAGAUAUCCGGCGGGCUGAUCGAAUCAGUCUCAUCUGACACAGCCCUCUCGGGCGCCGAGGACGCGACCACGGUCGACCUGGCCGGCAGAUAUAUAUGCCCCGGCCUGAUCGACGCCCACGUCCACGUCGUCGCCGCACCAGGCGAGGCGGACCUAGCCGGGUGCGUCGCCAUGGACGCCGCCGUCUCCAUGACGCGGCAGCCAUUCGUGGCCAAGCAGAUGCUGGCGCGCGGCUUCACGACGGCGCGCGACUGCGGCGGGGCGGGGCUGGCGCUCAAGCAGGCCAUCGCCGACGGCGUCUUCCCCGGGCCGCGGCUGUUCAUCGCCAACCACGCCCUCUCGCAGACGGGCGGGCACGCCGACUUCCGCGGGGCGCACGACCACACGCAAUGCUGCGGCGGGCACGUCACCGGGCUGGGCGUGCUGUGUGACGGCGUGCCCGAGUGCAUCAAGGCGGCGCGCGAGCAGCUGCGCACCGGAGCCGACUUCAUCAAGAUCAUGUGUGGCGGCGGUGUUGCGUCGCCGACGGACGCGCUCGAGCACACGCAGUUCACGGCCGACGAGGUGCGUGCCGUGGCCGAGGUCGCGCGCGGGUACAACACGUGGGUGACGGCGCAUGCGUAUACGCCGCGAGCCAUCCGGCACGCUGUCGACAACGGCGUCACGGGCAUUGAGCACGGCAACUUCAUCGACGAGGCGACGGCCGAGUACAUGGCGGAGAGAGGGGUGUAUCUGACUCCGACGCUGAUUGCGUACGACGCCAUGGCUCGCCGGAAGGGCUUUCUGCCGCCGGAAAGUCAUGUGAAGAACGAGGAGGUGCUGGCCCAGGGCUUACAGGCGCUUGAGAUUGCGUCCAAGGCGGGCGUUACCAUGUGCUACGGCUCCGACUUGUUGGGCCCGCUGGGGAUGGAGCAGGCGGGCGAGUUUGGGUUGCGGGCCAAGGUGCUGAGCGCUGGGCAGGUGUUGCAGAGCGCAACGGUCAACGCGGCGAAGAUGUUAAGGCAGGACGGGUUCCUGGGGCAGGUCAAGGCGGGAUUCGCAGCCGACAUGCUGGUUUUGAAUGCGAAUCCGUUGGACGACAUUCAAGUGCUGGACCGGCCGGCGAAGCACCUGCUGGCAGUCAUCAAGGACGGACGCGUGUACUCGAGCAGGUGGUCGAAGUUGGCGGAAGACGUAACGGUAGACGAGGCCUUGAUCGAGUGA